AGUAAAUUUCUAAUAUUUUAAUUUAAACAUUAUAAUUUAGAUUAUUUUCGAACAAAUAUUGACUAAUCUUUCAAUUACGAAGUAGUGUUCUAUGGUUCUAAGAGAAAUUGACUUGAUCAUCUGGAUGUUAUAGAUAUUUAUUAACUGCUUUAAUUAAAAUAGUCAAAGAUGCCUGGAGAACCAUCUAUGAGUGGAAAUAAGAGCUCUGGAAAAAUUAAACGCAUUUCUAUUCCAAGAGUACAGAGUAGCACAGAUACAGAAUUGCAAUCACAAAGUGGAUCUACUCCAUUGCAACCAACUGCACUUCACUAUGCAGCAUUUCGUACAGAUCCUGAUGAAAGUGUAUUGCCACCAACUUUAAGAUGUCGACUUUUUGAAUUAUUUCAACAAAUAGAAAAAGAAUUUGAAGUUCUUUACACAGAAAAUUUAGGAUUACAAGAAAAAAUAGAUACUCUUAGUGAGAGACUUGAAAGAGAAUGUUAUGGUUCUGGAGAACGGAGUUUACCUCUUGGAGAUGUUGCAGACUUUCCAGAUACAAAAGGUCUUUCCAAACAAAAAUCUAUGGCAGGAAACUCAGCACCAAAAACAAAAACAACUUCUAAUAAGUUAAAAGCUCAAACUAGUAAAAUAGUUUCCAGUUUUAAAACACCAACAAUGACUUGUAGUAUGCAAAGAGAAUAUUCUGGACAUCGAGAUGGUGUUUGGGAAGUUUCUGUUGGAAGAUCAGGCCAAAUUAUUGCUACAGCUUCUGCUGAUCACAGUGCUAGAGUCUGGGCUGUUGAUAGUGGACGUUGUUUAUUGCAAUAUAUUGGUCAUUCUGGUUCUGUUAAUUCCAUACGUUUUCAUCCUACCAAAGAGUUAGCACUCACAUCAAGUGGAGAUAAUUCUGCUCAUGUAUGGCAAGCUGCUGUAGAUUGGGAUUUACCCAAAAGACAGAAUUCAUCUGAAGAACUUUCAGGCUUGAGUUCUGAUAGAAAUCUUAGUGGAGUGAUUGUUUUAAAUGAAGAGCAAGAAGAACCUCCUACAUUGAGAACUCCAGUACGAGAAUUAUUAGGUCAUACGGGUGUCGUUAUGGCCGCAGAUUGGUUACCUGAUGCAGAACAAGUGGUUACUGCUUCUUGGGAUAGAACAGCGAAUCUUUAUGAUGUAGAAACUGGAGAAAUUAUUCAUACAUUAUGUGGACAUGAUCAAGAACUUUCUCAUGUAUCAACUCAUCAUACACAAAGACUUUGUGUUACUUCAAGCAAAGACAGUACUUUUCGUUUGUGGGAUUUUAGAGAAUCUAUUCAUUCAGUUUCUGUUUUUCAAGCACAUACCGAGACUGUAACAUCAGCUGUCUUUACACGUGAAGAUAAAAUUGUUUCUGGUUCAGAUGAUAGAAGCGUAAAAAUAUGGGAAUUACGAAAUAUACGAAGUCCUUUAGCUACAAUUCGAGGUGAUAGUGCUGCUAACCGAUUAGCAGUAUCAAGCACUGGCAUUGUUGCAAUUCCACAUGAUAACCGACAAAUUAGAUUAUUUGAUCUUAGUGGUCAACGAUUAGCUAGAUUGCCUAUAAAAUUGAUUUUAGGGACAUAGAAGAAUGGUCUCAUCGGUAGCUUGGGCUGAUAGUGGUGUCUGUAAUUUGUUCUCUUGUGGUUUCGAUAGAUUAGUUCUGGGAUGGAGUAUCAUACCUCUUAAAGAAUGUUAAUAUAUAUGUUAUAAUAUGUACAUUAUAAAUAUAUUUAUUUAAUUUAGUUUAAUGUAAUGUUAAAGUAAGAUUAUAAAAUCAAAUGAAAAUUGAAAAUAAAUAAUUAAACUAAUUCUAAAA